AGCGUAAAUCGCGGCAUGGGCAGGGGCAGGGGCAGGUUGCCCUGUGUCCGUUCUGGAGGAAGCUCGGCCAAAAAACCAGAUGGUUGCUCAGAAGGCAGAGCUAAUAGACAAGAACUCCUAAAAUCUGCCUGCUCUCUGCAGCUCAGUCACCUUCCACCCCAGUGGCUGUUGCAGUGUUCUCAGGAGCCUCAGGGUCCUGAGCUUCGGGCACAAGAAGUGCCGCCCUCCCUUUCACGUUUUAUUAUUCAGAUUGCAGCGUACGGCUGCCCGAGCAUAGGCGGCCCUACCACCCCGGCCCAGCAGGGGGCGCGCUCGUGUUGCCGCCGCCGCUCUGCCCUCUGCUCUCCCUCCACUUCCGCCAGGCCCUGGAAGCGGCAGGGGUACGGCGCGAUGGCGUCGGAGGGAAUGGCGCCGGCAGAGCUGCAAGCGGAGGCUGAUGCCGGCGUGGAGCCGGAGGGCGGCUUUGGGCAGCUGCUGGAGGAAGAAGAGGAGGAUGGAGGUUACGUGCUGUACAGGGACAGGAAAGAAUGGGCAGACAUUGAACCUGUUCCUCAAAAUGAUGGGCCAAAUCCUGUGGUUCAGAUCAUCUACAGUGAAAAAUUUCGGGAUGUCUAUGAUUACUUCCGGGCUGUUCUACAGAAGGACGAGAGAAGUGAAAGAGCUUUCAAGCUAACAGCAGAUGCUAUUGAGUUAAAUGCUGCAAACUAUACAGUAUGGCACUUCCGGAGGGUCCUCCUGCAGUCCUUGGGAAAGGAUCUCUAUGAGGAACUUAAAUAUAUUACAGCAAUCAUUGAAGAUCAACCAAAGAACUACCAAGUCUGGCAUCACAGAAGAGUGCUGGUAGAGUGGCUGCAGGAUCCAUCCCAAGAGCUUGAGUUCAUAGCUGACAUUCUUAACCAGGAUGCCAAAAAUUACCAUGCUUGGCAACACCGACAAUGGGUUAUUCAGGAGUUCAAGUUAUGGGACGAUGAACUGGAAUAUGUAGACCAGCUUCUGAGGGAGGAUGUGAGAAACAACUCUGUUUGGAACCAAAGAUAUUUUGUAAUUUUCAACACCACCGGCUAUGAUGAUCCAUCAGUUCUAGACAGAGAAGUCCAAUACACUCUUGAAAUGAUCACAGCUGUACCACAUAACGAGAGUGCUUGGAACUAUUUAAAAGGGAUUCUGCAGGAUCGUGGUCUUUCUAAGUAUCCAAACCUGCUAGAGCGACUGUUGAGUUUACAGCCCAGCCACAGUUCACCCUAUCUGAUUGCCUUUCUUGUGGACAUAUAUGAAGAUAUGCUUGAAAACCAGUGUGAAAACAAGGAAGAAACAUUAAACAAAGCAUUAGAGCUGUGCGAAAUCCUGGCUAAAGAAAAGGACACUAUCCGAAAGGAAUACUGGAGAUACAUCGGAAGGUCCCUUAAGAACAAGCACAGCUCCAGCACUGAACAGAGCGCAAUGACAGACAAGCAACAGUAACUGAACUUGGAAGAAAUAAUGUUAAGCUCUCAAGCUGUUGUAGAAGAGUACUCAGUAGGGGACAUCAACUAUUGUAAAAUGCAGCAUAGUAUUCCCGUGGUGAAAGAGGUAUUGCUGCAAUAAAAGAGGAAUGCAGAGUGCUGCAUAGUUUAUUGGGUUGCCUCUGCUACUGGUGAUAUCUCUCGAUGCAGAAAAAAUUAAUUAAAGCUUAAUAAUUUAAAUGUACCAACUAGAGGAUUUAUUUCAUAAUAACAAAUACAUAAAGCUAUACUUGCUAUUUAUAAAGCACUAAACCAAUUUCUCACACCUACUUUUAUCUACUUGUUUCUAACAGUCAUGUCAGAUGCUGCAGUAAUGACUGCAAGUAAUGCUACGCAUAGGGGAUAUAAAGUAACCCACGUCACAUUAGUGCAAGUAGGUGCUGGAGCUGUUUCUUUAUGUGGGAGCAGCUAUGCAACACUGGCAGCAUGUACUGUUGUAUGCAAUUAAUGCCAACUGUCAUUUUGUAAUAAAAACUGUUAAAGCAUUUGUCUGAAAUUUUUGGUGAUUUUUUUUUCAUCUUUGAAUGUUCAUGGUCUGUUUUUCUCAGAUGCCAAUUGAGAUUAAACACAGAAUAUCCACUUCAUGUACACGGGAAACUAUGGAGCUUUUUUUGCUCUGGUAUAUUCUUAUCCCAGUAAUUUUCAGUACAGUGGAUGUUUUCAAGGUAGGCUUGAAUUCCUGUCUGCACAAUCAAUAAGAAUGCUUUGAAGAUCCCAUAAAACUUGCUUAGUUUUGUCUUGGAAUUCUGUUCAGACCACUGAAAAUCUGAAGUUUUUGUUUUCACCCUUUAUGAUCUCAUAUUUCUCUGAUUACAGAUCAGAAGUAGUUAUAAUUAACUGGUUAUGCUACAUAUCCUCACUCAGCUGGAAGGGAAAAAUAGAUAUAUUGGGGACUUACCUGCAUUAAAUUCCUCAAUCAUCUUGUUCCUAUAGGCUUUUUGUGUCUUUUCCAUGUAUUCAUUCAGCCAAGAAGUAAUUUUCCUCCCACUUAGGAAAGAUAGGUUACCUGCAAUACAGAACUCCAAGGGAUGUGAAUACCUGUACAAGAAGCCUGUUGUACCUACCCUAUUUUCAGUAAAUACCUGUUGUAAACUUUA